AUGGCUACUGCAACCAACAAUGGCGGCGGUGAUGAGUGCUGCAAUCGACAAUGGCGCGACAAUGGGCGUUGCAACCGGCGAUGGGUGCUGCAACUUGCUAGCUCCACCAUCUCUCCUAAUAAGCUGCAGCCACAGAAGAUCAAGAAGAAGAGAAACCUACCUGGACACCCAGACCCAGAUGCAGAAGUGAUUGCAUUAUCCCCAAAGAGCCUUCUGGCGACCACCAGAUACGUGUGUGAGAUCUGCAACAAGGGCUUCCAGAGAGAACAGAACCUUGAGCUUCACAAGAGAGGCCACAACCUUCCAUGGAAGCUCAAGCAAAGAAGAGGCAGCGGCAGCAAAGAGACUAAUGGUAAGAAUAAUAGUAGCGGGAAGAGAGCGUACGUUUGUCCAGAGCCCACUUGCGUUCACCACCACCCUUCGAGGGCCCUCGGUGACCUCACCGGAAUCAAGAAACACUUCUCCAGAAAACACGGCGAGAAGAAAUGGAAGUGUGACAAAUGCUCCAAGAUCUAUGCCGUCCUCUCCGAUUGGAAGGCUCACUCCAAAGCCUGUGGUUCCAGGAAGUACACAUGCCGCUGUGGAACCCUCUUCUUUAGGAAGGAUAGCUUCAUCACUCACAAAGCAUUCUGUGAAGCCUUAGCUGAAGAAAGCGCCAGGCUCUCAUCAGCAGCAAACCAACAGCAACCCAUCAGCUUCCAUCUCCACCCCUCUCCUCCUCCUCCCCUCUUCCAACCACUUGCACUUCAAGUUCAAAACCCUAACCCUACCACCGACCACCGCCACAACCCAUUCCUCAUCAUGAAGCCUGAAACCUUAUUAACGCCGCCAAGCACCAUCCACGGCAACCCUGUCGCCGAGCACGGCGGGGCAUGCAGCGCCACCUUGUCAUCAGCUCACCUCUCGGCCACGGCGGCUACAGUCGGAGCACAGCCGGUUGGCCACGUGGGUUCCACCAUGCCUACUGUCAUGGGGAUGGGCGCCGGCGCCGGAGUGUUGCCGGAGUACCGGCUGGGUCUAACCAGGGACCUCUUGGGAUUGACAAGAGAAGAGUGUGGGAAUAACAAGGUGAGGGGGAGGAAUGCCCUAUCAUUCACGGGGCGGUAGGACUAGAUUCCCCAUAUAUGACGACGACCCGACGCUGUUGAAGCUGAAACGCACCCCAGGGCUUGGGGUUUGGUGGUCAGACAUCGCCAAGGUACUACUACUGUUAGAGAAAUAUUUCAUUUGAAUGUAAAUAACUGUGUUUUAUGCUUAGUUUGGCCAUGCCAGUUUUUUUCAGAGCUUUCAAGGUGAGUAGUGUUUAAGUUAUUAAUAG